GCACAUAUCAUAUAAAGUCCAAGUCAGCUUUGUUUAAAAAUAAACUGGCUACCCCAUGGGAGAAGAAACUUAAUUUGCUGCAGAAUCACGUGUACGUAACAAAGAAAUGGGAAAUUUCAUAAGCUCCAUUAGUGCUGGUAAAGGAAUGUGUGGAGGAAGAUACAAGUGGAAGAGAAAAUCAAUGUCUUCCAUGGACAAUAAUAAUAAUAAUAAUCCCACUAGCCAUGAAGGAAUAAAGAGCAUAGAGAUGAACGAUCCAUGUCAGCCGUCGAACAAUUCGGAUAUAUGCAUAUGUGUGGUUACUUGGAACAUGAAUGGGCAGGUCUCUUACGAAGAUUUGGCAGAGGUAGUGGGAAACAGCCGGACAUUUGAUCUUCUGAUUGUAGGUCUUCAAGAGGUGCCCCGCCACAACAUUUUGCGACUUUUGCAGACAGCUCUUAUUGAAUCCUACAUCCUGCUAGGAAAAGCCACUAUGCAAUCUCUGCACCUAUAUGUAUUUGGGCCAAAGGACUCAGAGUUGUUCAUAAAAGAAUUGAAAGUCGACAAGCAAUCAGUAGGUGGAUUUGGAGGAUUGAUUGGAAGAAAGAAAGGUGCAGUGGCAAUCCGCAUUAACUACAGAGGCAUCCAAAUGAUGUUUAUCUCUUGCCAUCUCUCUGCUCAUGCUCAUAAAGUGGAGGAAAGAAAUAGGGAGUGCAAGCACAUAUCACACUCUCUCUUCUCCAAAAAUUGGAACCCAUAUGCCAGACCUACCCAGAUUACUGUCUGGUUGGGAGAUCUUAAUUACAGGAUUCAAGGGAUCGAUAACUAUCCUGCCAGGAAUCUAAUUCGAAAAGACCUUCACUCUCAACUCACCAGCAACGAUCAACUUCUGAAGGAGGCUGAAAAAGGACAGAUUUUCAACGGAUAUUGCGAGGGAACUUUAACAUUCAAGCCCACUUACAAGUAUAAUAUCGGAACCAGCAACUACGAUACUAGUUAUAAGGUGAGAGUACCAUCAUGGACGGAUCGAAUAUUGUUCAAGAUACAAGAAAUGGAUGAAAUGAAUGUAACUUUGGAUUCCUAUGAAGCAAUGGACAAUAUACAUAGUUCUGAUCACAAACCAGUGAAAGCGCACCUCUGCAUUAAGACCUAACCAAAUAGCCUUAUUAUCUCCAACCAAUAACUUAUACCCUAAAGCAACCACUAUUCUUUCCUCCCUUUCAAGAAUCAAGUUAAUUAAUUAAUUUCACUUAAGGCAUUUAGAAACAGAUGGGGUCUUUUUGCACUUUUUCAAGCCAAAAAAAAAAAAAAAAAAACGAUGUAUGAUGGCUAAUUAAUCUGCUUCUCAUAUAUUUUUAUAUAAAUGCAUGUAUUAUUUUUUGUAUUAUAAACUUAUUCUUUUCAUACAUAUAUUAUCAAGUUAAUUAA